AUGGCGUCAUCAGCUGCACCUGCUCCGGCACACGAUCUUGAGUUUGAUCACGAGGUUGACGAUGAUUUUGAUCCUGUCUUUCCCCCUGGUUUUGAUCCUGACCAGGAUAUCGAGUUCAUUCACUUAGACCAGCCCCUAGAGGAGCCUGUAGCCCCUAUCGAUCCUUUGUUUGAUGAUCCAGCUGAUUUUGAUAUGGAUUUUGUUGACGCGAAGCUUGCUGUGGCCCCAGAGCCAAUCAUUGCUCCUGAUCCUGCAUUAGAACAUGACCCUGAUCCUGUUGUUGCACCUUUUCCUGCUCCUAUGCCGGUGCUGUUCGACCGUGCACCUUUUGCUACUCAUGUAGAUCCACGUUACGCCGACACCCGUAACGGGUGGAUUGAUAACGACGAUGAUUACCCACCUUUUGUGCGACCUGUUACACCACCAGUAGCCCCCGUUUCAGCACCCAUUUCUGCACCCACUGAUAUUCCGUUGUUUCCCCCACACUUCACAGAUGCUCAUCGCACAUAUCUUCAUGUUAUGUUUCUUCAAGACAUACCGCCACCGCGUCCUGGAGGGGGGUCAUCUAGACAGCCGCCUGUCCCUGUUCCACCCAUGAUGUCAUCCCCUUUUCCAUUCGCGUCUCAGUUUCCCACUGUUGUACCACUUACUGCACCAUCCUUCACUCCAUCGAGCGAGCCAUUUCUAUGGACUAUGCCUCCUAUCAUGCCACUGUCUGAUCCGUAUCACCCAUACCAUGUUGGGUAUUCUACAGAGGACAUACUCACAUCAUUGAUGAUACAGCAGGAGGCACUGACCCGUCGCAUACAUGAGCUGGAGAGAGCUCAGCGACCACCUGGCCAUUGUCAGACCCCGUUUGCAGCAUCACACCCUCCGCGUCUACUUUCACCCGAAUCAGACGUCCAUCGCUUGGAGAAGUUGAAGAAGAAACGAGCAGCAAAGGAGUUGAAAAAGGAGAAAGUUGAUGAAGUUAAAAUUACUGAGCAAGUAGUUAAAGAAGAAAAGGUGGUUGAAGUGUUGGAUAAAGAUGAGGAAUAUGAGUCUGGAAAUUCGAGUUCGUCGGCCAACAAUCCAAAGACGUCGGUUAAACGGGCUUACAGUUGUGAUUUGCCGGAGCUUCCAGGUUGGAAAGAGUGA